GAGCACUUAAAGUGGAUCUGACGGUGAUGUAGGCUAUGGAUCUGACGGUGAUUUAUAAUUAAACUUCAUGGUUCUUUCUCCAGAAACUUCCGAUUCCUAUUUUCAUUUGCAUAUGCUAUGUUGUUAAUUUGCUUCCGUCCUCUGUCUCUCUCUCUCGUGAUGAGUCAUUCAUUAGCAGGUUUUAGAUGCCAGGAAUCCCAAGGUAGCAGGUGCUAACAUUUGGAGAAGCAUAUGCAAGAGCUUCGGAAACUUUUAACAGUUUGACAAGGCUAUGGAGUUAUUAGCAGAGAUGAAGGAAUUGAGUUCCAAUCCGAUGGAGGGACGAUGACAGAUAAAGGAAAAGAAGCAGAAAAGAUCUCUUUGAGAUCACAAAGUUCACAAACAAAUUUGACAAAAUUACAAUUAUUCACUCCAGGACAUAGUUCUGUCCAAAAUAUAACGGGACAGUUAUCUGUACCCAGACCAUUGUAUACAACUACUACUAGUAUAAUAAAUCGACCUAUUGGACAUAUAUCAAGUGCUUUGAUCACACAACCACAUUAUGCCAGACCAAGAUCACCCAGACCUUAUUUCACUUCAUUUAACAAAUUUAGCCCAUUACAGACAACACCCAUAACUCCAUCCACAUUUAAACAAGCUAUCACUAGCACAACAUCACCAAGGCACACAAGCCCAUCUUCGUCAAGUCAAACUGAGUCAGCCCAAUAUAUUUACAAGCCCAUUGAAGACCAAAUUCUGACCAUAGAACCAGAAUACUGGGCACAAAAUCCUCAUUUAAAUGAAUAUCAAUUUUGUGAAACCAUUUUUCCUAAAACUCAUUAUUACAUCCCUGACAAUUUCCAAAAAUCCCAAAGCUAUUAUGAAGCCAUUCUUACCCAUACAACUUCUAUCCUCAUGCAAAACAAUUUUGAUCCUCACAACCCUACCAAGCUCAGAUAUUGCAAAGUAAGAUUACUCAAGGUAUGGACUCUUACUGAAUGGGGACAAGAGCCCCACAAAGCAAAAGAAUUUACUUAUACCAAUGGACAAUCAAGACAAAAUGCAAAAUAUAAUUAUUAUGAUUAUCAAGUUGCUUGGGAAAGAACAUUUUUUAAGCAAAAUGAACAAUUAUCCAUAUCUUUUUUCUUUUAUAUUUCUGACAAUUUUACUUAUCCUAUCCCAUUUUGGUUUCAUCAAUGGUGGCACAAAUUUGGUAUCCAUGAUGAUAUUAUCCCAGAAAAUAUUAAACUUGCUAAAACCCAAUUUUUUGACAACCAGCAAUUAUCAGAAACAAUUAUUUGCUCUCCUCAGUGGCUUAUUUAUUCUCAUUAUUUUCACAUCCCUUGGAUUUUCAUGACCGAAUAUCAUAUUAAAGACCACAUUCUUGACAACUUUCAAAUCCCCAUGUUAGUCAGAAAAUACAAAAUUAAAUGGUGGCCUAAGACUAAUCUCCAAGGUUGUGACCCAAUAGCCGUAGACCAAUUCUUUAUAAACAAUCCACAAUAUUGCAAAAUAUCUAGCCCAGCCGCUAUCACUAAACAAGAAACCUUCUUAGCAAGAAAACAGCAAAUUAUGGCACAGAUGGCUGCUUGUACCUCUGAACCAGAAUAUGACAAAUUACUUGAAGAACUGAAAGAAACAAGGAGUACUGCAGCAUCACCAUCACCAAUUGAUCUAUCUGAUGACAAUGAUGACUUUUUUACACAAGCAGAGAUGUAACCAGAAAAAUGACUCAGCCUUCCACCAAGAAUCAAGUGGCAAACGAAACAAAAAACAUGACAUAUGCAAUGAUGUCAAAACAUUCACAAGUCGCUGACAAAAACAAGUGGCAGAGACAAAAGCAUGAUGAUGCAGCGGACAAUUGGCCGACAAGAUAAAAUAAUGGCCGACAAAGUUAAAAGUAAAAAGAAAAAGAAGAAAAAACAAAUGACUCAGUAACAGACAAAAGAAAGAGGCGCACUAACCGACAUUCUUCGCCAAUGAAGGAAAGACAGCUCAGCACGCACUAUCAUAGACCGCUCAACCAAAUUCAAUAAACAUUUGACAUCCGCGGCUAUAAAAAGGAGCUCUCCAGACCAACAAGGACACACCGAACUUCAACACUGAAAAUCUCCAUCACUCUCUAAAUGUAUUCCAGUUCAUGUUUCUCAUGUAAGGAUACCGAAGUUUAUGACAACUCGGUAGUAGCAGUAGUACCAGUUAUUGUGUAAUUAAGUACCAAGGUAGUACAAAGUUGUAUUUUGUAUUUUAUUGUUAAUACAAGUACCAUUUACC